UGAUAAUGUGCAAUUGAUCUUUAUCAAUUAUUUAUCUGGAGACACACAUUCGUAAUUAUUUCCAAUAUUCUCUGCUUAAAAUUUUUAUUAAUCGUCUAAAGCUAUCUGGGUUUCAUUCCUUUUAUUUUCAAUGAUUCAAUAUUAUUCACUUCAAUAAUUAUUUAUUCUGGGUUGAAAUAAGUGGUAUAAAUGUGUGAAUCAAAUUUCCACUAUUUUCCGAACCUUUAUGGAGACUUUCAAUUUAUUAAUAUCCGUUUGUCGCCCUGUGACUGUCACCCAAUGUAUUUCAAUUUACACAGAGCAGAGAUUUCACAAAAUUAAAACAAUAAUUAACUCGUCUAAAGUGUUUGGAAUUCCUCCCAAUAAAAAUAUCAAUGAACAAUGAUAAUUGUACAUUAUAACAUCAUGGCGUCGCAUUUUGGUCGAGUUGAUGUUGCUCUACCAGGUUGUGAAUCCUAUUUCAUGCACAUGCACCAAGAAGAACAUGACCACGCACUGAAGCUAUUAAAUUACAUAAAAACUCGUGGUGGGCGUAUUGAUCUCUGCACAAUCAAUCCACCAGACGACCAGAACUGGCAGAAUCCUCAACAUGCAUUUCAAGCAGCCCUCGAUCUGGAAAUGUCAGUCACAGAUGAUCUUGUCGCCGUUAAUGGUAUUGCUGUAAAACACGGAGAUCUAGAUGUCAGUGAUUUUAUCAUCACGAACUUCAUCGACGAGCAAAUGAAAAGUAUCAGUGAAAUAGCGAGAUUUGUAACCGUCCUCUCUGGUAUCGAGAACAGCGGUCUCGGGCAAUUUAUUUUCGACAGAGAUUUAUUGAAAAAUUAUGUUCCAAGAGACUUUAAUGUUUUACGAAAAUCGUGAUACCUCUACAAUAAUAAUCCCAGGCAUAAGAAAAUGAAAUGGAAUUCUUAUCACUAUUAUUACUCUGGGUUUAUCAGGAAAAAUAUCUCCAGUUAUCACUGAUUUAAAGAAACCGGCGACAGCAGUUAUGCGAUUGUGGCUGAGUUAUUGACAUUGACGACGAGCUUCCAAGUGGUUUUUAUAUUUCUUUCUAUUAAUUUAUGAGUAAUAAGAAUUUAUACAGAUAUAAAUAGGAAAAUGAACAAAAACAAACAACAAACAAAAUUAUUUAAUUAAGAAAUCUUUAUUUCUUUAUUUUCAUAAUUUUUCCGUAUUUUAUUCCGUAAUAUUCUGUAUUUUAUCAAUUAAUUAUGUUAGAGAAAAUCAAAAUAGAAAUUUUCAGAUAUAAAAAAAUUAAUCCGGUCCAGUCAAGUUUGAGAUAUUUUACAUAAUCAUUUAAAACUAAAAAUUGAAUAUUUACGAAACUAGUCGUUUAAUUAUGCACAUUUUCAAUAUGGUCUGUUAUAGUGAUGAAUAUUUCUUCUAAAUUUCAUGUUCAUAUUUCUAUUUUUACGUGCGUAACAGGGCAAACAACAAUUUUAACUGAAAAAAAAAACAAAUAUCUUGAAAACUGUGUUGGGUUGUGAAUAUGUUUAAAUUGAUUAUGAUAGAGGAUAUCAAAAGGAAAAUUAUUGGAUAGAAAAAUAUGAAUUCGGUCCAGUCAAUUUUGAGCUAUUCUACAUAAGCAUUUUACACUAAGAAUUGAAUAUCUCGGAAAGAAUUUAUUCAAUUAUACUCA